AUGACAUUCGGAAUCUUGGGAAUAUUAGCGACCGUUCUGAUGGUGUUCUUAAUAGCAAGUUACAUGUACUUGCCCAGUUUACAUGACAGCGUAACUACCAAGAAGAUUCUUAUACCGUUUGCAUUGAGUGUGAUAGUUUUCAGUGCUACCGAUUUUUUCACUGUUCAUCAGGAAAGAACUCAGCUAACGUCAGAUGUUGUUGUUACUAUUCGAUACUCUACAGCAUUAUUCGCUCUCGGCGGUGCAUACGCUCUUGCUGGCUGGUCAUCUUUGUUGUUCGUACACCUACACCUCCUCUCUGUUUGGCGCAGCACUUUCAUAACAAAUCACAUAAUUGGUUUCCAUAUAAUUAUAUGGGCUAUCUCUUUACUUGCAAUGAUUCUUCCGGUCGUCACGAAUAACGUAUCGAGCGGAAAUACAUGCUUUAUUACACCUGAGAAGGGGGCAAUUUACUAUAUUCCAAUGAGUUUUAUUUACAUCGCAUUUAUUUUACACGUUUUUACGUUUGGAUACAUAACUAAUGUCGUUCUGAAAGCCGGUGGCGAUGGUGAUAAAAGGCACAAGACACGCGGACUUACAUCCAACGAUAACCUGAAAGUCGACAACAGUCUUAAAAAGGUAUUUCGGCUCCAAUGGCGUGCUUUGGUAGGAGUAUUCUUAAUGUUACUUAUAUACGUCACUGCCUGGGUUUUUUACACCUUUAAAAACAAUGUACCAAAUCUUGGAGAUCCGUGGUUUGAAGAAUGGGUUCAAUGCCUCGAAACUGGUACUCAAACUUCAUGUUCUUCGAUCUCUGCCCCACACUUUCCAUCGUUUUUCCUACUAGUAAUCCUGUUGUUCACCAACCGCUGUGUUGGAAUAUUCAUAUUUCUAUUAUUGGCUGCUAAAAAAGCUAUAUUUUACGAGUGGGCAGAAAUGUUAAGUAACAAAAUUAGAGGCAGGAGACAGCCCAUACUACCAUAA